AAGAGGCAACCUCGCUUCGUUGGCGUCGUGUCGCCCCCUCCCCACUCAACCACCCACUAUUCAAGUUCCAGACUUUUCAGCACCACUUCUCUCGGUGUUAGGCGCUGUGUGGAUUUCCUCGUGGAUAGUACGUGCAAGACCAGCGCUGCGACUCCGAAAACGAACACCGAAGAUAGGCGCAUCGGAUGUGGGUCACUUCGCGGGGUGGACCGCACUGGAAGCUCUGCGAGGAAGGAGAAAGAAAACCGGUGGAAUUCAUCGCGGAGCUUGCGGACCCACACAGGCCCACGGGCUCUGACACAUAAACGAAUCCCCGCCCAGGGGGACAGUGAAGAUUAAAACUAGUGAUUGCCGCGGAAGCCUUCGAGAUUCCUGAGAGUAGACGAGGGAGUCGAAGGAGGUCAUCUUCCACCUUUUGUUCUUCCCGAUGCCCGAGUGCAGAAUCUCCAUAGACAAGCCUCUUUGGACGAUGGAGUGAGGGAGUGGAGUGGACGUGAGGAGAGCAGGAUUACAGCUCUGUGAAAGAGCCAGGCUCAUAUUGUACAUUAAGUGACUGUCUGAGUGAGAGAAAACAUGAGAGGAAGCCUUCGCUGUGCCAGCUGCUUGGAGUGCAAUUAACCCUCUGGCCAGCGCGAGCGACUACCUGGCUUCUAUUUUUCUUGAUUGCGGCGGUUUGCUUGUACGAGCUGCGGCCAUGUUCCACCCGCCACCUUGCAGACUGGACGGGACGGGCGGCCAGAGACACGGCGUGGUUCUCCUCCUGCUGCUCCUCGACAGCUCCCUCAAGGCGGCGCAGGCCGCCAAACCCAAAGGCCCAGGUCACACCCACCUGAAUUCCAUCCGCAUCGACGGGGAUAUCUCCCUCGGCGGGCUUUUCCCAGUCCAUGCCAGGGGCCACGAGGGGAAGCCAUGCGGGGAACUAAAAAAGGAGAAAGGAAUUCAUCGGCUGGAGGCCAUGCUCUUUGCUUUGGACCGCAUCAACAACGAUAAUAACCUGCUGCCGAACAUCACGCUUGGCGCCCGGAUCCUGGACACCUGCUCCCGUGACACGCACGCCUUAGAGCAGUCGCUCACCUUCGUGCAGGCGCUAAUCGAGAAGGAUGGGACAGACGUCAAGUGUCUGGGUGGCGGGGCGCCUAUCAUCACCAAACCGGAGAGGGUGGUGGGCGUCAUCGGAGCGUCGUCCAGUUCCGUUUCCAUCAUGGUGGCAAACAUACUGAGGCUCUUCAAGAUCCCACAGGUGAGCUACGCCUCCACGGCUCCGGAACUGAGUGACAACACUCGCUACGACUUUUUCUCCCGGGUGGUGCCGCCGGACACGUACCAAGCUCAGGCCAUGGUGGACAUCGUCAAAGCCAUGCGCUGGAACUACGUCUCCACUGUGGCCUCAGAGGGCAACUACGGCGAGAGCGGAGUCGAGGCGUUCAUCCAGAAGUCUCGGGAGGACGGGGGUGUGUGCAUCUCUCAGUCGGUGAAGAUUCCCAGGGAACCCAAGCAGGGUGAAUUUGACAAGAUCAUCAGACGCCUACGCGAAAAUCCCAACGCAAGGGUCGUCAUCAUUUUCGCCAAUGAAGAUGACAUCAGGCGGCUGCUUCACGCUGCUAAAAAGGCCAACCAGACGGGUCAUUUCAUUUGGGUGGGCUCGGACAGCUGGGGCUCCAAGAUUUCUCCUGUUUUGCACCAGGAGGAGAUGGCGGAAGGGGCGGUCACCAUACUGCCCAAGCGUCAGUCCAUCAAGGGCUUCGAUCGCUACUUCAUCAGCCGCACGUUGGAGAACAACAGACGAAACAUCUGGUUCGCUGAGUUCUGGGAGAACAACUUCAGCUGCAAGCUGAGCCGGCACGCCCUGAAGAAAGGCUCCGGGCUCAAAAAGUGCACAAAUCAAGAGCGGAUCGGGAAGGACUCCAACUAUGAGCAGGAAGGCAAGGUGCAGUUCGUGAUUGACGCCGUCUACUCCAUGGCUCACGCCUUACACAAUAUGCACCAGGAGCUGUGCCCGGGCAAGGUGGGCCUCUGCGCCAAGAUGGAGCCCAUCAAUGGCACACACCUGCUCAAGCACAUACGUCGCCUCAACUUUAAAGGCAUCGCAGGAAACCCAGUGCUCUUCAACGAAAAUGGAGAUGCACCCGGACGCUACGAGAUCUAUCAGUACCAGAUACGAAACCUCACGGCGGAGUACAAGAUCAUCGGCCACUGGACAGAUCAACUUCAUCUCAAUGUUCGUUCGAUGCAGUGGCCCGGCUCUGUCCGUCAGAUUCCGUCGUCAAUCUGCAGCCAGGCAUGUCGGGCCGGCGAACGUAAGAAGAUCGUGAAAGGCAUCCAGUGUUGCUGGCACUGUGAGCGGUGCGAUGGCUACCAGUACCAGGCAGACACGUUCACCUGCAAGAUGUGCCGAUUCGACUUGCGGCCCAACGAGAACCACACGGGCUGCGUCCCGAUCCCCAUCGUCAAGCUGGAGUGGAGCUCUCCGUGGGCAGUGAUCCCGGUGCUCAUCGCAGUGGCGGGCAUCAUGGCCACCCUCUUUGUCGUGGUCACCUUUGUGCGGUACAAUGACACGCCCAUUGUGAAGGCAUCGGGGCGAGAGCUCAGCUAUGUGCUGCUUACCGGCAUCUUCCUGUGUUACGCCACCACCUUCCUGAUGAUUUCCACCCCGGACGUGGGAAUCUGCUCCCUCCGGAGGAUCUUUUUGGGCCUGGGCAUGAGCAUCAGCUACGCCGCCCUGCUCACGAAAACCAACCGCAUCUACCGCAUCUUUGAUCAAGGCACCAUGUCCUUGAGUGCGCCCCGGUUCAUCUCCCCAGCCUCACAGCUCAUCAUCACUUUCACUCUGGCAUCAGUGCAGCUGCUCGGCGUGUGUAUCUGGUUUGGCGUGGAUCCCUCCAAGGCCAUCAUCGAUUAUGAGGAUCAGAGGACGUCUAAUCCAGCGAUGGCCCGCGGCGUGCUCAAGUGCGAUAUCUCCGACCUGUCCCUCAUCUGUCUGCUGGGUUACAGCAUGCUGCUCAUGGUCACCUGUACCGUGUACGCCAUUAAGACUAGAGGGGUGCCGGAGACCUUCAACGAGGCCAAGCCCAUUGGUUUUACCAUGUACACCACUUGCAUAAUCUGGCUGGCAUUCAUCCCCAUCUUCUUUGGCACUUCGCAGUCCACAGAAAAGAUGUACAUCCAAACCACCACGCUGACCAUCUCUGUGAGCCUGAGCGCCUCCGUGUCCCUGGGCCUGCUCUACAUGCCCAAGGUCUACGUGGUCCUCUUCCACCCCGAGCAGAACGUGCCCAAGCGAACGCGCAGCCUCAAGGCCGUGGUCACCGCCGCCACCAUGUCCAAUAAGUUCAACCCCAAGGCCGGACUCAGGCCCAACGGCGAGGCCAAGACGGAGCUGUGCGAAAGCCUGGAAACGCAAAGCUUCUCCACAAAGCAGACGUACAUCAGCUACAGCAACCAUGCCAUCUAAUAGACGCCUCAAAGUCAAGUUCAAGUCACCAUCUCUCAAUUUCAGGAUUUCCACCUGAUCAGCUUGUCAGGAGCGUCAUUUUCACACGGAUGGAAAUCACGGGGGCGUGUUUUUGCUGUCAACACGUUGACGGCAGAGAAGCACUUGUGCGGGCCAAACAAUUGUGAGGUAUCAUCUUGUGUUGUAAAAUAAAUAAAUGAAUAAAAAUACUGCAUGAAAG